GGUGAGGCCCGUGUCGCGGCGGUGGCAGCUCGGUGCUGUGUCUGUGGGAGGCGCCGCCGCGGCGAUGGCCGUGGACACUCUGUCGCCGGACUGGGAGUUCGACCGCGUGGACGACGGCUCUCAGAAAAUUCAUGCUGAAGUCCAGCUUAAGAACUACGGGAAAUUCCUUGAGGAGUAUACAUCUCAGCUGAGAAGAAUUGAGGACGCACUGGAUGAUUUGAUUGGAGAUGUUUGGGAUUUCAAUCUUGAUCCUAUAGCAUUAAAGCUUCUGCCCUAUGAGCAGUCCUCCCUCUUGGAGCUCAUAAAGACUGAGAACAAGGUCCUAAACAAAGUCAUCACUGUGUAUGCUGCACUUUGUUGUGAAAUCAAGAAAUUAAAGUAUGAGGCGGAAACUAAGUUUUACAAUGGCCUUUUGUUUUAUGGUGAAGGAGCUACAGAUUCCAGUAUGGUGGAAGGUGACUGCCAAAUUCAAAUGGGGAGAUUCGUUUCAUUCUUACAGGAGCUGUCCUGUUUUGUCACGAGGUGCUAUGAAGUGGUGGUGAAUGUCAUCCACCAGCUGGCUGCCCUCUACAUCAGCAACAAGAUAGGACCCAAAAUUAUAGAGACAACUGGAGUUCAUUUUCAGACUAUGUAUGAGCACUUGGGAGAACUGCUAACAGUUUUACUUACCCUGGAUGAAAUUGUUGACAAUCAUGUCACACUGAAAGACCAUUGGACCAUGUACAAAAGGUUACUGAAGUCUGUCCAUCACAACCCUUCGAAAUUUGGGAUUCAGGAAGAAAAAUUAAAGCCAUUUGAAAAGUUCUUGCUGAAGUUGGAAGGGCAGUUACUUGAUGGAAUGAUAUUUCAGGCCUGUAUUGAACAGCAGUUUGAUUCCCUCAAUGGAGGAAUAUCUGUGUCGAAAAACAGCACUUUUGCGGAAGAAUUUGCACAUAGCAUUCGCUCAAUUUUUGCAAACGUGGAAGCCAAACUUGGUGAGCCUUCUGAAAUUGACCAGAGAGAAAAGUAUGUUGGAGUUUGUGGGCUCUUUGUGUUGCAUUUUCAAAUUUUUCGAACUGUUGAUAAAAAGUUUUAUAAGUCUUUAUUGGACAUUUGUAAGAAGGUGCCAGCCAUCACUUUAACUGCCAAUAUUAUUUGGUUUCCUGAUAAUUUUCUGAUUCAUAAAAUGCCAGCAGCUGCCAAACUUAUAGACAGAAAAAGUCUUCAAGCCAUUAAAAUACACAGGGAUACCUUCCUGCAGCAGAAAGCUCAGUCACUUACCAAAGAUGUGCAGUCUUACUACGUCUUUGUGAGCUCGUGGAUGAUGAAAAUGGAGUCUAUGUUGUCUAAAGAGCAGAGGAUGGAUAAGUUUGCUGAAGACCUCACCAAUAGGUGUAAUGUUUUUAUACAGGGCUUCCUAUAUGCAUAUAGUAUUAGUACCAUCAUUAAAACCACAAUGAAUCUCUACAUGUCCAUGCAGAAGCCUAUGACCAAAACCUCAGUGAAGGCACUGUGCAGGCUCAUUGAGCUUCUCAAGGCAAUAGAGCAUAUGUUCUACAGGAGAAGCAUGGUCGUGGCGGAUUCAGUGUCACAUAUAACCCAACACCUUCAACAUCAGGCUCUUAAUUCUAUUGCUGUAGCCAAGAAAAGAGUAAUUUCAGACAAAAAGUAUAGUGAACAGCGUCUUGAUGUGCUGUCUGCUCUUGUUUUGGCCGAAAACACCUUAAAUGGACCAAGUACGAAGCAACGGCGACUUAUUGUUUCUUUGGCAUUAAGUGUUGGCACACAAAUGAAAACCUUUAAAGACGAAGAGCUCUUUCCCCUUCAAGUGGUCAUGAAAAAGCUGGAUCUCAUCAGUGAGCUCAGAGAACGAGUCCAAACACAGUGUGACUGUUGUUUUUUGUACUGGCACCGAGCUGUCUUCCCAAUUUAUUUAGAUGAUGUGUAUGAAAACGCUGUGGAUGCAGCUAGAUUACAUUACAUGUUCAGUGCUUUACGAGACUGUGUACCUGCCAUGAUGCACUCAAGGCAUUUAGAGUCCUGUGAACUACUUCUGGAUUGCUAUGACAAGGAAAUUAUGGAAAUUUUAAAUGAGCAUUUGCUGGACAAGCUGUGCAAGGAGAUUGAGAAGGACCUGCGGCUUUCUGUGCACACGCACUUGAAGCUGGACGACCGGAACCCCUUCCGAGUCGGCAGGAAAGACUUGGGCCUGUUCUUCUCUCUGAACCCAAUUCGGUUCUUCAGUCGCUUCAUUGAUAUUCGAGCGUAUGUAACUCACUACCUAGACAAGACUUUCUACAAUCUCACAACAGUGGCCCUUCAUGAUUGGGCCACUUACAGCGAAAUGAGGAAUUUGGCUACUCAGCGCUAUGGGUUGGUUAUGACAGAGGCGCAUCUUCCUAGCCAGACUCUGGAGCAGGGGCUUGACGUUCUGGAAAUUAUGAGAAACAUUCACAUAUUUGUCUCUCGAUACCUCUAUAAUCUCAAUAAUCAGAUUUUUAUUGAACGGACAAGCAAUAAUAAGCAUUUGAAUACUAUUAACAUUCGACAUAUUGCUAAUUCAAUUCGGACACAUGGGACAGGAAUCAUGAACACAACAGUUAAUUUUACCUACCAGUUUUUGAAAAAGAAGUUCUAUAUAUUUAGCCAGUUUAUGUAUGAUGAACAUAUCAAAUCCAGAUUGAUUAAAGAUAUUCGAUUUUUCAGGGAGAUCAAGGACCAAAAUGAUCACAAGUAUCCUUUUGAUAGAGCAGAAAAAUUCAAUCGCGGCAUAAGAAAACUUGGAAUCACACCAGAGGGACAGAGCUACCUUGACCAGUUCAGGCAGCUCAUCAGCCAGAUUGGUAAUGCUAUGGGCUAUAUACGGAUGAUAAGAUCUGGUGGUCUUCACUGUAGCAGCAAUGCCAUUAGAUUUGUGCCAGAUCUUGAAGACAUUGUGAGCUUUGAAGAGCUAGUAAAGGAGGAAGGGCUUGCAGAAGAAACGCUCAGAGCAGCUAGGCAUUUGGACUCAGUCCUCAGUGAUCAUACCCGAAAUUCUGCUGAAGGCACAGAAUAUUUCAAAAUGCUUGUAGAUGUUUUUGCUCCAGAAUUUCGAAGGCCAAAGAAUAUACAUCUCCGGAAUUUCUAUAUCAUUGUCCCUCCUCUAACACUCAACUUUGUAGAACAUUCUAUAAGCUGCAAAGAGAAACUGAAUAAAAAAAAUAAAAUAGGAGCAGCAUUUACUGAUGAUGGUUUUGCCAUGGGUGUGGCUUAUACCUUAAAGCUUUUGGAUCAAUACCAGGAGUUUGAUUCACUUCAUUGGUUCCAGUCUGUGAGAGAAAAGUACAUAAAGGAGAUAAGAGCAGUUGCUAAGCAACAGAAUGUUCAGUCAACUAGUCAAGAUGAGAAGCUGCUGCAGACCAUGAACCUCACUCAGAAGCGACUGGAGGUCUAUCUGCAGGAAUUUGAGCUGCUGUAUUUCUCCCUGAGCAGCGCGAGGGUUUUCUUCAGAGCAGACAAGAGUGCAGCUGAAGAGAGCCAGGAAAAGAAGGAGAAGGAAGAAGAAACUAAAGCGAACAACGGUGAUGUCCCUGAGGGCACUGCGUCUGCAGACCCUGUUGUGAGAUGAUGGUGUGGGCCAGCUGGGUGUCGUGGUCCCUUCCCAGUGCCGUGGAUUACAGACUGCUUGAGAAAUUGUCAUUUCCUAGGUCACAUCGUGGAAAAUUCUGUAUGGCAGUGCUCUGGAGUCAAGCCCAUUUUAUUUCUAAUGCUCUGGUUUUCAAGGGCUGAGAAACAGAUACUGGAUCUUUGGGGUGUAGGCUAAAGAUGCUCCUGCUGGACUCUUUGACGUGAUGCUAUCAAAGGGAAAGUCCAGAUUCCCACACCAUUGCUUUCCAUCUCCUGUACUCUCUGUGUUUGUAAUUUGUGUGUGUCUUUGAUCCAUGUUGAUCUCAAGUCAUAGGAAAGCCGGUGCAUAUGCUGUACACAGCCAGUAAGUACUCGAUUUAAAGAGAGAUGAGCUUGAAAUUCGUGACCAUCUGAUCAGACCCUGAGGAUGCGUUGACGCUAGAGGUGAGGUGCUGUGUGACCGUCUGUGCAGUGUGGCUAACCGGUUCCCAUGUAACUCUUCAUGAGCUGCUGAUGUCUGAUGAGACAUUUUAUAAUAGUUUACAUUGCUUUGGGAACAUUUAUCCUCCAACAGUUGCUUUAAAUAUAAGAUUUACUUAAUCUCAAAGAAAACUCAGAUUAAGCCAUAGACUCCCACUUGAAGCUUCACUGCGUUUGAAGGCACUCUGAUACUGGGGAAAACAAGAAUGAAUUAUCCUACAACCAAACUCAGGUUUCUUCGUUACAUUAAAUUGAAAUUCUGGUGGCAAUUUAGAAAGAUUUUUACUUUAAAUCCAGUGUAAUGAUUAAAUAAUACUGCACUAUGGCAGGCUUUCAGUAAUUACCACUGUGAGAAUGGAACUAGUACGUCACUUUCUGAUGUUCAAAGAAAGAAAGGCCGUGAGGAAAUGUAGUUCCUAACAAGCGGCCAGCGUUACUUUUGUGAAGCUGUGCUAGCUAGUUAGUGAAACCGUCAUGGCCUUUUCAACGUAUAAUAAAACGAUGCCUUUGGGGUGAAAAGGAAGGUUUAAAACUUUAGAUGUAAUACAGACAUUUCUUUUGGAAAUGCUUGUUUUUCUGUUGCAUUUGCCUGCUUAACUAUUUUUUGGAUAAAUCUUGCAAAUAAUCCUAACACUUAGAAUUCUGACAUGGCUCCAUGGCCCCAGCUUUUGGAGUGGAGAGGUACAGGGUCCUGCCUGGGACUCAUUGAUUAGGCUUGGGAACUUUCCCAGCCCAAGCUAAAUACUAUGACUGUUAAAUCAGAAGAAACAGAAUAGAUUGGAAAUGUUUUUUAUUAUGUUAAACAUGGUUUAGAGAAUUAUGAACAAAAGAUGGAUUAAAGGCAUUUAAUGUUUGUAAUUGAUACUAACUGUAGAGAUGGCCCUAAAGCAUGCUGCAUAAUUAAUAAUUUAUAUUUUCAUUAUUAUAAAUGUUUAUAUUAAUGAUACUGGAUUUGAUUAUAUCAGAUUUGUCACCAUUUAUAGUACCAGUAUUUUCUUUCAUUUAAAAAAAUGUUCAUUCAUUAUUAUUCCUGCACAUUAGAGUUUACAUACUGUCUCCCUGGACACUUAAAAUUGGGAAGAAAGUGACAUAAUUGUUCUACCUGUAGUUAGAACUAAUGUCACUACAGUCUGGGUGAAUUAUAAUAAGUCUGUGUAGAUGAAAUAAAAUCUCUGAAGAGAGAUAUAUUUAAAUGAUCUUAAACUGCAGAGCGACAGGGCUUCAGUGUAUUCACGCUUGAGUUGAUGCAUACAUUAGAUGAUGGUUUUCCUUGCUAACAUUUUUUUCAGACAUACUGUAACUGAAAUAUUAACAUGAGUGUUUUGUUGUAAAUUCACAGAAAACUUAAUGAUGUUCCAGUUCUCAGGAAUUAAGAACUAACCAUAACAUUGUCAGUUCUAAUUAGAUUUUGUAAAAGACAAUAAGGUUCUUAUCUCACUUGAGUGUGGGGGUUCUCCUUUUCCCCAACUCUAAUAGAGUACAUUAUGUAUAAUAAAACAUUAAUAAAUAUAAUUUCAACAUUG